GGCAAAGUUCCUGUUGACAAGGCGCUCUUCUUGCUAUCUUUCAAUGUCCCGUCACUCAAGUUCACGACCAUGACGGUACUGACAGGUGUUAUCGGUAUAAUCAUUGUUAUCUUCACGUUGCAAGAUGUGAUAUUGACCACACUUUCAAUCAGAACAUCUGGGCCUAUUACAAAAGUUCUGAUACGAGCCAUUGGAGAAUUGAGGCAUCUUGUGCGGACGACCGCUCGGAGUCAAUGGUUUGCGCAUCAUGUUAUGCGAUUUUUGGGGCUCUUAAGCCUGAUAAUGACCAUCGUGGUGUGGUUCGCUCUCAUUUGGACUGGAUUCACUUUCCUCUUCUCGUGGCUGGACGACGCGGUGAUCUCAGAUAGCGACGGAAGGCCCGCCGAUAUUGGCGAAUUGAUCUAUUAUACCGGAUUCUGUCUGUUCACUGUGGGGAUGGGUGAUCUGCGACCUAACCCGAAAUAUAAGAUAUUUGAGAUAUUGACAACGGUAUGCAGUGGCGUUGGCUACCUGUUAGUGUCUGUGGCGUCAACGUACGUCUUUAUGGCAGUCCAAGCAGCCGCAGCGUCUCGUGUUUUUGGCUCAAAGUUGAGCUGGAUGGGAGGAACCCCGAACGACAUUCUGAUAUGCUCCUGGAACGGCGAAAGUUUUGAUGGAUUGGAAAAUCUACUUAGUGGCCAAGUUCGGCGUCUCUGCCAUGAAGCCCAAAAGCAUAAGGUCUUUCCUGUCCUCUUCAAUAAUCAUAACCUCGAGAUCAUGUCGUUCGCUCCCCCGCGCAUCGCGGCAUUGGAUGAGACCCUGACCAUUCUCUUCUGGGCAAUCCCUCCGGAAAUGCGGCCUGAUCAUCUGACGCUGGCAUCGAUACGCAAUGGCGUAACGCUCUAUCUUGAAGCAUUCAAUCGCCACCAUGCGGUGAGAAAUAACGUUAUGCCUCCGCCGUUACCGGAUCUGGAUGAGCUCCGUAGAUGUGGUAUACCAGUGAAAAGCAAUGAAGAAUUUGCGGAGAUAAUGCGUCAGAAUCAGGCACUGACACUUAGACGUAUUAAGUUGAAAGCAUUAGUUGAAUCUACUGGUCGCGAAUGGGCAGACGUUUUGCAUUGGAAGAUAGACUUAAUUGCCGGGUUGAAAGGGGAACUGGGAAGCGGCGCAAUGGUUAAGGCGAUGACAGAUGAUGAGGCGUUCGUGGAGACGGUGCGUGAGGAGGAAGAGGAAGAGGCAGAGUCUCCGGUUUAGAAUGUGUUUCUUCAGAAGAUGGGUCGGAUCAGGCCGUCCGUGCACUGCUGUGCUAAAUCUGUACUCUAAAUCUUUACCCCCUUAGUUUGGCCUUGUCCAGAUUGGAUACAUUAGUAUCUUAGCAGCGUUGUUGGAACAAUAGUCAUUUAGAUUUCGUUACUUAAGAAUGCCAUUUCGGUUGCGUAGUUUUAAAACCGC